UCCCAGUUCCACCUCUCUUCUCAGCUCAGUCAUUACCUACUAUUAUCCUUCCGUUGUUUACUUCCAUCACCUCUAUUUAACCUCCAACGUCAAACUACAGGAGGACUUUCCUCUAUCCACGUACACAUAACUCGUCCUUUCCAAUCUCACAUCGUCAAUAUGGCGACCACCAGAGAAUGGGGUUGCAUAAUCGAGCAUGAACAACAGAACAUCAUAAACCUCAACAAGUCUCUGUUGGGCCAGAAAAAUAAAUCGAAGAAAUCACGCCCAGAGCUUGAAAAGGCAUUCGAAUCUUCUCUUCCUUUCACCGAACUCGUCGCUCGCAUGCGAGAUGAUGACAUGUUUCAUACCAACAUGCGCCCAUGGCUGAUCGAUGACACCUCGCAUCAGCCGUCCGCGCGUCCAGCCGCUAUGUUGAAGCCGAUCAAGAUUAAAGACUUGUGUAUCGGCAUCACCCAUUCGCAGAGUGUGGCAAUCUUGAGAACUUUCACGAACGCCAAGUUUGACCGCUAUCUCUGUGCCGGUGUUGAAGACUCUUCUGCUUCCGUCGACUGCAUUUUGUUGCACAACACCGACCCCUUUCUACGCCCGAACCAGAUCUUGCCCAAAGGGAUCGUCAUUGCUGUCAAGGAGCCCUGUUAUCGUGUAUACCCGAACGGCAUGCACGCCAUCGUCGUAGAGCAUCCUUGUGAUCUGAUCGAGCUCGAUGUCGGUAGCCCUUUGAUGCCUCCAGCAUGGAAAGAUGCCGUUUUGUCCCUUGUCCCCCGCGGCGCUGAGAACUGGAAGAAAGAGGGAAACACCGCACUGAAAAAGGGCCAUUACUUGAGCGCCGCCCGAGCCUACACGGUGGGAAUUUCGAUUUGCAAAGACGGCGAUUCCCAGAUUCGUUGCGAUCUCCUGCGUAACCGAGCCCUGGCCAAUCUAUCUCUUGGGCGAUUCCAGCAAGCUCGCGAGGAUGCCUUGGCAUCAUGUAUUUCGGAUGAUCACAGCGAUAAAGCUACAAGCGCUCUCAACAUGAAGGCACUUUAUCGCGCCGCGCGAGCCUCUUACGAGCUACGUCAAUUCGAGGAGGCUCAAACUCACCUGAAGAGUGCGCUCGCUCUUGCUCCAGAGAGCCCUGACAGCAAUGUGUUGCAGGAACUCUCUCGAACCGAGGCUCGUAUCGCCGAGGCCGCAACGGGCAACUACGAUUUCGAAGCCAUUGACAAAUCCAUCAAAGUGGGCCACACUCGAGUUGACGCUGCUGAUUUCAUCGCCAACACCAAGUUGAAGGAUCCGCGAGGCCAGCCGCGCCGAGGCUUGGUAGCGACCAAAGAUAUCCAGAUGGGUGAGAUCAUCCUGUGCGAGAAGGCGUUUUGCGCCGCCUUCUCUCACGAUGGGCCAGCACAAGCCCACAACAAUACGGUCUACAAUGACAACACCAAGCAAUCCUGGGUCGGUGCCUACGCAAGAAUUGUUCCCAUGGUAAUCCAGAAAAUCAUGCACAACACAUGCAUUGCCAAGCCCGUCUUCAACCUUCAGGAGCCUCGUCCAGCGGGCCGCCGCAAGUGUCGACGUAUCGACGGCCAGACCGUGAGCAACAGCUUCGUCGUCGAGGCCAUCCUCGGAAAGAACAAAUUCGGACUGGCGGGGACGCGCACGCGUGAUGAGCUGCGACGCUGGUUCAACAAUGGGGGGCGGAAUUACUGGGAUCCUAAUGAAAAAGGGCCGCAGGACAUGUACAAUGCCGGCCACUUUCCCUACGCCUGCUUGCUCAACCACUCCUGCCUACCCAAUGGCAUUCGCUCAUUCAUGGGGGACUUGAUGAUAAUUCGCGCGGCCAGAGACAUCAGAGAAGGCGACGAUAUCACCAUCUGCUACAGUUUGCCACGACGGCCCAAGACUAAAGACUAUGCAAGGGUACUAAAGCUUCUCUACGACAUCACCUGCACGUGCGAUAUUUGCAAAGCCGAGGCUCGUUGUCCAAUGGAUCAGCUCAACAAGCGAAAUUCCUUCUUUGACCGGUACAGAGUAUUCUUCAUGCGGUUGAUGAUGAGCUUUGUGACACAGCCAUCGUGGGGUGAGGCAAUAUAUCUUAGGGCCGGAUUGAGAAGCACGUACAUCCCGUCAGUCUACAGCAGCCGCCUCCCGCGUCUUGCGGCUCUGAAUAUCGGCACGGUGAUCAUGAUAAACAGCUCAAUGAAGCCACACGGCGUGGACAUAGUAACCUUCUAUGGCCGCAUUCUCGCUUUCUUACGUGACUGUGGGUUUGCAAUUACCGUCUACUCGGAAAGUGAAGGACUAGAAAUUAACGCGUCAAAAGCUGUGCAAUGGGAUUAUGUUGUAGAUGCGUUUGCGUAUUCGAGCGUGCUAUGCCAGAAGAUGAACAAGCGCGUUUUAGGUGAGAAGUUCGGCGAUUUUGCUGAGCUGAUGUGGCAAAUAUACACGGGAACCAUGUUGGGAUUCGACAAGAUGUUUCCACAUGUUCGGGAUUUCAACAAUGCAAGUCUAGGGUCUUUCUAUCUCGAUGAUCGCUAGGCUUACAUUUGGCCAUGGAUGGAUAAUGAACAAAUCGGAAUGCAGAUGAUGAUGAUGAUGCGGUUGUAAUAACGUAGGUUGUCAAUGCUCAGGAACUCAACUCAGAAUUGAUAAUUUAAUGAAGUGUUUGCGUCU